AUGAAGAUUCUUUCAGAUAAACUGAUCAAAAAGCACCUUAUUGGCUCAUUGACCAAAGAAAAGGUCGGAAACGAGUACCUUCCAGUGCUCCAACGUGCUUUGGCCGACUACGAGGCAAACCCAGCAGUGGUGCCUGAAAGAACAGUACUCACUUCAAACUACCCUGGUUGUGAUACCACUCACUUGUUUAUGCCAUGUGCUGCUCCAGACAGCGUGGGCACGAAAGUUAUUAGUGGAGGGUCGUACAAUUCCAAGAAGGGAUUGGGGUUUCAGGGGUUUACGGGCAUGUUGGACCCACGGAGUGGAGAAUUGCUUGGGGUGGUGAAUGCCAAAUCACUCACUGCGUUCAGAACAGCCUUGGCUAGUUUUCUGGUGGUAUGGAAGGAGUUUGAUGUAAAGACUAGGCCAAAUAUUGACCAUGUUACGGUUUUUGGAACGGGGCCACAAGCGUUCUGGCAUGUAUUUCUUGUUUUGAGGGUUUAUCAGGUUCAGAGGGUUACAGUGGUAAGUCGGUCUCAGGAAAGUGCCCAGAAGCUCUGUGAUGAGAUUAAGGAGGUGGAUGGAGUGAAAACCGAGGCUCUUGCGCUUUCUAGUGGUGAGGUCGGCGAUAGGGUUAGAAAUUCCGAGGUGAUCUUUGGCUGUGUGCCUUCAACGGAACCCACUAUCAAGGAAGAGUACCUUGAUACGACCUCUAAGAAGCUCAUUGUGCUUAUUGGAUCGUACAAACCGCACAUGGUUGAACUUGACCCAAAGUUCGUGGAGAAGAGCUUUAGAGGCGAGUACAAGAUCAUUGUAGACUCCAAGACACACGCUUUGUCUGAAGCCGGUGAGUUGGUACAGAGUGGAAGCUCCGAAGAGAAUCUUGUCUCGUUGAAUGACUACUUGACUGAAAAGGCUCAGGGUAAAACAACUACCAAGUCUGGCAUAACCGUUGCCAAGAUCGUAGGUCUUUCCAUUAUGGAUAUCUACAUGGCCCAGUACAUGUUGGAUGCCGUCGACGCUCCAUCUGUUGAUUUUGACUAA